ACGGUGCUCACCAUCGCGCACCGCCUCAACACCGUCAUGGACUACGACCGCGUCAUCGUUAUGGACAAGGGGCGCGUGGUGGAGUCGGGGCAUCCGUUCGAGCUGCUGACGAGCGCGGCGGGCCGGCCGGAGCUGCCGCCCCGGAGGACGCUGCUGACUAAGAGCCAAGCGCCGCUCGCGAUACCCGAGAACUUCCCGUUCGAGGCGGAGCGGCCCGCGGACACAGACCUCAACGAGACCUUCGUGCUCUCCCGCGACAGGAUCAGGACCUAUUCCAACAGGUACACGCCAUUGUUACACGCGUCAUACCCGACAUUUGAGUUGGCACGUCGACAGCUCGAGUGCUCUCGUGACUGACGUACCAACUCAGCUCCGGGUACCCGUUUAGUCUCGUCACUCUAUAAUGGUUUA